AUGGGAGAGAAAGCAAAAGCAAAACGACUUCCAAGUGAAAUAACCUGGUUGCGUAGCAAUGGUCCUCAAACACGAUUCUUAGCAGUGGUCAGUUUCGUAGAGGAUGAGGAUUUGAAAAAAAAGUUGGUAGACGAUUACAAUGAAUGGCGUAGUAAAAAAAUUUCAAAAGACUUCUGGAAACAACGAAAUCGCCAAGUAAGCCAACUCAGCACUAAAAAUUCUCCUCAACAAAAUGACAACGGCAGUUCUUCAAGUUCCACUACUACUACCACCACUACCACUACUACUACCACUACCACCACUACAGUAGAAAGCGUUGAAACAAUUAGUUUAGAGGAUGCUAAAGCAAUAAUAGCCGAAAAUAUGACACCUGUUAACAACUAUAAUAAAUAUUCGAAUUCUUUAUUACAAUUCAAGAAUGAUAUCUUUGAAUCGUUGGAGACUCCACUCACAUAUGAGUCACACUUGCAACAAUUACUUGCACUCUCCAAUAUCUUGUACAUCGAAAAAAACUCAUUCUACCCUGGAUUACAGAAUUACUUUGAAGAGCCUAUUAAAACAAUCCGACAAACUAUGUAUGAUUCGUUUGGCUUCAACCAGUCACAUCGUAAAUUUCCAACGGAUGUUAUGAUGACUUUAAUUACUAUUACCAAUGAUAUUAACUGUGGCUCAUUAUCAAGAAUACAAGCGGAAAGCAAAAUGUUAUCACUUAUCAACGACAGCACAGAUAAAAUCAUGAUAAGAUUAUUGCAACUCAUUAAAUCAAUGAAAGCCAAGAGUUUGAACUUUGCACCAGAUCAAUUUAUUUUCAAGUGGCUAAAUACCAGCUGCUUUUCUGACACUGAUGUUGAUCCUAACCAAAAUCGUCCUGAUGGUUUAAUUGAAAAUGAUCAUAAAGCAAUAGGAUAUAUUGAAGUUAAAUCGAUCAAGUAUGUAAAGAAUCAUAAAAAAAUUAACCUUGAUUUGCACCGAUUGUGUACGUUUUCCAAAGCUGGUGCAGCCAAAUAUAACUUAAAGCACAUGUUUCAAAUUAUGGCUGUUGGAACCAAUGUACAAUUCAAUAUCAGCGAAACAAUGGACGAUAUAUUGGUGGUAUUUGAAUUAGAUUGUAUUCGCUUCCCAUUAUCACUUGAUGAACUUCCUCAACUUGUGCCAUAUCUCGACCGACUCUAUAAUGUUGUAGAAGUGAUCCAUCGUUUAUGCUAUACAAGCAAUACAUUCACUAUCAGCAAUAGCUUUAAACCUGCUUUAGAUGCAAAAGUAAUUAAAGCAAUAAUGGAAAAAUCCACAGACAGAACCCGUGAAAAUCCAUUUUAUCAUCCACACCAUUAAUGCAUACUUUUCUUCAUCACAUGUAUACCAUAAAUUUCUUUAUUAUAUAGUAACUUAUGCAUUUGUAGUACACAAAUAAAAUAAAAAGUAUCAAUUUUUAUUUCACCAUUAUUGCUGCAUAUUUUUGCUAAAAUACAUGUCAGAAGAAGAAUAAACAAAAGAUAGAAAAAAACAAGAAC